AUGACCGUCCCUCCAAUUCCGACCUCGGGAUCGGGUACAACACUGGGUGUUCCCUCCGAGGACGGGCCGUCUCCAAUCCACCGCGCGCCGCCAAACACGCCCAUCAGUCCCAGCAUCCCAUCUCCGACCACAGCCGCUGGGACACCCACCAAUACCCCGACCAAUAACCCUCCCUCGCACGCUGCCGUAGUUGCGGUUGAGACGGAGACGAUCGAGCUCGUUGUCGGUGAAGACGGGAGCGCCGAGGUUGAAGUCAUCACGACCACGUCCACCACGGCUGUCGUAGAUGACGAAGUGCCGGCGAACCGAUCUGCCCACCGCGGGACGAAUGCAAGUAGGCCAAGGACAGCUGCUGGUGGAAAAGGUGGUUACAUCGAGUCGGAGGAUGACGACAUCGACGGUUCAGAUGACUCGUAUUCGACCGACUCGGGUCACCUUCCGAACUCAGCCCGAGAUCUCAUUCCACGUCGCCGAGCUCAGCAAGGCUCCAACCGCGCACCGACCAGCAGCGCUUCCUCCGGAACUCCGCAAACCCUUUCUGAAUACUUUACCUUCAACGGUCUCAUCACCCUAGUCAUCACCCCUUUCUUCCAAGGCAUGUUUUAUGGCUUUGGCGAAGGGACUGCCAAGGUCGUCAUUGGCCGAUGGUUUGGUAUUGACCCUGUCGUGGCAUUGGGCGCGACCCGAUCAGCCGACAGAGUCAGCAAAGGAGACGAGAAGUCGAGAGGAUGGGACAUUUUCGGGCUGGCCGACUUCCUCAAGAGGCGAAGGGAGGGCAAGGAAGAUGAGCGGGAGAAGCCGCCCACGACAAUGGCUACCAUCAGGGCCACGAGCCCGGCUGUGUUGGCGUACAGCCCGGCCGAGUUUGAGAGUGGAGGAGGCGUCAUGGAGUGGGUUGCGGCUGCCGCUAUCGCAAGCUCCAACGCGGUUCCCUCACCCUUUGCUGGCAACAAAUUCUGGACGUCUGCAUCGGACGCGUCUACGUCGUCUAUGGGGCUGAGAAUGUUCUCGCUUGGCUUGAUGAACGCCGGCUCCGGGCCCAGUAUAGUUAGGCGGUAG